AUGAAUCCCAAGGAACAUUGCAAAGCUGUCACAUUGAGGAGUAGGAGAACAUUACAAGAACUAAAAAAAAAAAGCAAAAACAGAAGGAAGAAGCUUUUGGAAAUCAUGACAUUCAAGAAGAGGAAGAAGAGAAGUAAGCUGAGGAAAGCAAAGAAGAGGGAGGAAAAGAAAAAAAAGAAACUGCCAGAACCUUACCAACCCCCCUUACCCUUUUCUCAGAGAUUUCAGAAAGCUAAAUUGGACAAGCGGUUUGGGAAAUUUUUAGAGGUUUUGCAAAAGCUUUGCAUCAAUAUUCCUUUUACAGAAGCGUUAUCUCUGAUGCCCUCCUACACAAAAUUUCUAAAGGAAAUUCUUUCCAAGAAAAGGAGACUGGAAGACUAUGAGAUAGUUGCCUUAACAAAAGAAUAUAGGACCAUCCUACAGAAUAAGCUGCCUCUAAAAUUGAAAGAUCCUAGAAGCUUCUUCAUACCAUGCUUGAUUGGCAAUAUGAAUAUUAACAAAGCCCUCUGUGACCUUGGAGCCAGCGUAAGCCUAAUGCCCUUAUCCCAUAUAUCAAAAGCUGAAUGUGGGAGAGCUGAGACCAACUACCAUCUCCUCGCAAUUAAUAGAUAG